UUUGUUAGCGUAAGACUUCAACUUCAACAAUCAAUAGUGACAACAACACUCGCCUAGAGAUAAACUUUCACUACAAAAGUAAUCACAAGGGGGAAGUGAGAUUUCAUAUUUGAGGAAGAUACCUUGUCUCUAUCUGCCCCCACACCACACUCUCUUUGUUGGACUUUCCUUUUCUUUUUCUUUUCCUUUUCCUUCCUUCCUUCUCUCUGUUUCAACUCUGUUUUCACGAUCCAGUUUUGUAAGAAAGUACUAGAAAUGGGUGUGGAUUUGAGGCAAGUGGUUGCUGGUAUUCUCACCAUCACCAUGUUUGUGAUGCUCGGACAGAUGCUUCAUCGAGAUUACUAUGAUUCUCUUCAGGAGAAAGCUCAGGGAGAUGCACAUGAUAUCGAAUUCGAAGGAUCAAGAGUAUCUGUGAAAGAUAGUCUUGUGGGAGCCUUAGAAGGAAAUAAAGGACCUUGGAUGGAUGAUAACAAUGACCUUAAUCCUUGUUGGCCAACAUUACUAUCCGAUGAAGCGGUAUCAUCAAAAGGGUAUGUUACAUUCUCUCUAACGAAUGGUCCUGAGUACCAUAUCUCUCAGAUCACUGAUGCUGUAAUGGUGGCAAAGCAUCUUGGAGCCACACUAGUGCUUCCUGAUAUAAGAGGAAGCAAACCUGGUGAUGAAAGGAGUUUUGAAGACAUUUAUGAUGCUGAUAACAUAAUCAAAAGCUUGGAAAACGUCAUCAAAGUCGUCAAACAAUUGCCUGAACAAGUAUCUCUAAGAGACAUCGCCAUUGUUAAAGUCCCUACAAGAGUUACAGAAGACUACAUCAAAGAACACAUUGAACCCAUCUUCAAGUCCAAAGGAAACAUUCGAGUCGCUACAUACUUCCCUUCUGUCAACCUGAGGAAAUCCUCACAAGACGGCGAAACCGAUCCUGUGGCUUGUUUGGCAAUGUUUGGUUCCUUGGAGUUGCAACCUGAGCUGAACGCAGUAGUUGAGUCCAUGAUUGAGAGGUUAAGGACUCACAGCAGGAAAUCAGAUGGCCGUUUCAUAGCUGUUGACCUUAGAAUCGAAGCACUCGAGAAGAAAAAUUGUCAUUCAACUGGUGUGGGAGGGUCCAAGACUUGUUACAACGCACAAGAGAUUGCUGUGUUCUUGAGGAAGCUUGGAUUUGCUGGUGACACAACCAUCUAUCUGACUCAGCCUAGAUGGGACAGUAGCCUCAAUAUCCUUAAGGAUAUCUUCCCAAAAACGUUUACAAAGGAGGCAGUAAUGCCAGCAAGUAAGAGAUCAAAGUACCUUGAAUCAGAGAGUUCUGAGUAUGAAAAUGUUAUUGACUUCUACAUAAGCUCAAGAAGCGAUGUGUUUGUUCCAGCCAUAUCUGGUUUGUUCUAUGCAAACACAGUUGGGAAAAGGAUAGCUUUGGGUAAGCCUCAAGUGCUAGUUCCAGCAGAGAUCUCUGAGACUUCUUCCCUUGCUACAGAUUUCAUCUCUCCUUACAUCUCAAAGAAGAACCACUUGGCUUAUUCAUGCUUUUGCUGAACCUUGUCACCUUUUCUAAAGUGAUCUCUCCAAACAUGGGCUUUCUCAGUUUUCACCAAGUGUAAGCUAUAUUUAAUUUGAUGUUUUCUCUGUUUUUCUUUAUUUAAGGUUGCCUUGUGUAGGAAAGAAAACAAUUGAGGUUUACAAUUUGAUUUUGUUGGCUUAUAUCCUUUUGCAUUUUAUAUAUUUUGUUCAAUAGUAUGAAACACACAAUAUUUGUUUGUAA